CAGAGCUCGCUUUUUUCCCAACUGCUGCACACUGCUCUCCCAACAUAAUGAAGUGCGCGUGCUCCGUACGAUGUCGCACUGCCACGUUCACAUGGUUCACUUAUCGUACAAAUUCUCUUUCAGUCUAGUCCGAGCAAAUAAAUCAGUUAUCAACUCAUCUCCUAACUCAGUAACUGUGCACUUGCGGGUUUGUGCCAGUUAGUGACAAGCAGCAGGGAUCGUCAACUCAUUCAGUCGAGAGUCUCCUAGCCUAGUCAUUCAGAAUUUGUUACUCUUCACUUCAGCCCAGCCGGCACUGAGCUAGCUACAUGUAGCUAGCGUUUCGACCGAAGCCCAGUAGUAAAGGGAAGGUCUUGUUCAACUUGACAAGGCUACAAGGCCGUCCAGUCACUAUUUUCGUGGAUUGUGAAUUGUCCGCCCAGACUCCACCAAGUGAAUAUUCGGAAUAACUUUACAGGUAAAUAUUUGCGGGUCCCUUCGUCCUUAGGCCUUGCUCAACCGCGAAGCGUGUUGACGUGUUGCCUGCAACAAGUACGGUUUUGUUGAAGUAAAGACAAGUGCGCGUUAUUGCUCCGUGGCGUGCCGGACUUCAUUCGGCAUUGUGACCGAGUACGAGCGGGCCAUUGGUGGUCUUGUUUGCUGGGAUUCCAGCAUUAGUACUGGAUGGUUUUAGCGUGUCCAUAAGGCCUUGGCAAGCAUGGACAUGGCUCAGUAUCCGGAUGAUUGGCGGGCGGGCGGGGACGACACGUAUUACGACCAGUUCUAUUUCGAUGGUGAUGCUGCGAGCAACGGCUCGACGUCGGGUACAGGAUGCAACCGGACGGUGGCUGCGGACGAUGCGUUCACCAACGCGUCGCAAGGUAUUGGUAUCAGCGUGGCAGUGCUGAGCAUGCUAGGUUCGCUAUUCCUACUGGGCAGCACGCUACGCUGGAAGGACUUGCGCACCGUGUCGCGUAAAAUCCUGUGUCACAUAGCCGUUGCGGAUUUUAUCACCGCGCUGGGCAACUUGCUGGGCCAGGCCAUGCGUUUGGACGUCGUCGAGUUCCCCAGCGGCGUGGGAAUCAACGGCACGAGCGUGAACUUGACCGACGCCGAGAUCGACAAAGCUUACCAUCCUACCAUGUGCGUGGUACAGAGUGCGCUAACGACUACGUCAUCGCUGAGCUCGUUCUUCUGGACAUGCUACUUUGCCUACUACCUGCGCAAGAGCAUCGAGCAGAUGGAGACGACCAUAAAUCGGCCCAAGUGGACGCUGGGCGUAGUGGGCGGGUGGUGCGUGCCCAUAGUGGCUGCUGUCGUUGCCGUGGCGACCGGCACGCUCGGCGCCGACAAGAGCAUCAGUGUGUCGGCCGGCUGGUGCUUCAUACGCGGUGUCCAUGGCGACACAUUCACCGGGAAGGACAAGAUCAUCGCCUCGCUCUUUCUCGGCAAGUUCUGGGAGGUGCUGACGUACGUAUACAUUGUGUAUGCCUACUGGAGGGUGAAGAGAUUUAUCGGCAAGAAUGACGAACACCAGUCGUUUGUCACGCAAGGGUCGGUGCGGGCAGUGCAGGAGAUUGACAAGAAGCUGACUCUCGUACCGGUGAUCUUCAUCUGCAUUCGCAUAUGGGGCACCAUCCGCUUCAUUAUGUCUACCAUCCCGACGGCGGAUUGCGUCAGCACAGGGUACUUCUGGGCGGAUCGCGCCUUCUUUCUUCUCCAGAGUGUGGGAGACUCCAGUCAAGGUCUGGCGAACGCCAUCCUCUUCGUCAUCAUGACCAAGAAGGUUCGACGGCGACUGCUCCGUUUCUUCUGCUGUUGUUGUCCGCUGGCGGCCGACACAGCGCCACUAGCGGCCAGAAGAACAGGCGAGAGGACACCCAUCAUGACGUACCACCAUCAGUCGCCGCAGCGAUCCGCGUUGCCAGGACAACGCUCCCGUCGCCUGAGCAGCAACACGUCGUCAGCGGCCAUGCCUGCAGGCGGUCCGAAUGGAGAUGGCGACAAGCCGCUACAUCGCUACAAGCGACUGGACGCCAGCACCCCGCCGCGCCGACAGCACGAAAGUGACUUCUUCGGCGGCGGCAUCCUAGUGGAUCACAACCCGUCCGAUGAAAGCGGUGACGAUCAGGUACCCACCGGGGCGCUGAUUCAGACAUGAGUGGUCACGUUGUGAUAAGUUGAUUCUCCACAGUGUAACAUACGUAUGUCACUAUGUGUUGAGGUGACUGAGACAGGAGAUGCUAGUUUACGCUCUCCGCAUGAGUAUGUUCUAGCUCACAGGCAACACGGGUUUGGCUGUAUUGGAUUGAUGCAACCGGUACACCCAGCCGUGUCUGUGUGUAUGAAUCUAUCCGCUUCCGUCAUCACCAGCACAACCAUCACCUCCUGGCCGAACAUCGGCAUCACAGUGCGCCCUUUGCAGCUUGUCUGUCUUUAAAAAGCUAGACGACGCAUGGGUAUCGUGUCUGGUUGUCUGUCUUCGAAAAGCUAGACGACGCAUGGGUAUCGUGUCUGGUUGUCUGUCUUUGAAAAGCUAGACGACGCAUGGGUAUCGUGUCAGGUGGACAAGCAUGUGUUGGACUAGUGACUGCAGGAAUUGUUUGCCACAGAGUGGGACAUAGUCGCGUAUCAUGUCGCGUAUCAUGUCCGGUGGGCGAAUGUGUGCUGGAGCAGCGUACACAGUGGUUAGGAUUUGUUCCCCGCGCUGUGCAGUCGCCACCGCCGCAAUGCCCGCAAAGUUGAUCGAUUGCACGAUGUACGUUGAUAAUUCGAUGUUGAAGCCUCCCUCCAGAUCCUGUAUCAGCAAUGAGCUAGCCACACACACACUGCAUCGCCCGGUUACCGAUUUGUAUUGAAUCACGUCUUGGUCACUGCCGGCCCGUGUUGAGAAUGUAAACGGAGUUGUGCAUUGACUGAGGAUGGCUACGCUUCUCCAGACAGACAAACAUCUACGGUCAAGGUGGGAUGUGCGGGCAGAAAGGCAGGCAGGGUCCACAGUCCACACUGCACCCGUAUGUAGCUAUAGGGUCUUUGUGAGUUCCACCGCAUAUUUCGUAGCACUUGCCUCGAGGCGGCCGGCCGCCAGUACAGCAUUGCUCAAUUCUACCAAUAAUUAUUAUUGUUAUUCUCCAUUCCUUGAUACCAUGCUCAGUACUCUGUUGGAGCAGCAGGCCGCUCGCUGACUGAGUAUACCCGCAACCAGCCCCCUCCUGCCCAUCCACCUGAUGCCGUUGGCCCACGGGAAUUGUUGACAUGGUUAUUCGAUUUUUGGCAAAGCAACGCUUAUUAUUUUUGAAUCUAUUCGAAGUAUAUUUAAAUUUUUAACUCAGAGGAGGAACCAUAUUCUCGUAAUAUUUCAUUUUUUUCCAUUCUAUAUAGUAGAGCCGUGUUCCCCGAAACGGAAAGAGGUGGAGAGGAUGAGAUUCAUGGAGAUGUGUGCGAGCUUCCAUCA